AUGCUUCGCCAGCUGCGUAAUACACGCUUCUUGUUUUCAAAGACGCGUAGACAUGUCCUGAUUAGUGUGGGCGUCGUGACUGCAAGUGGGGUUUUCGCCGCCCAUGGAUCGCGGCCAAUAUACGGCGAUGCCGGAAGGGAUGAAGAAAAAGACAAGUCGAAAGCGAAGAGUGCAGUCAACUCUUCUGUUAUUCGAGAACUACUAUUCUCGAACUUCAAGUCGCAAGUCGAGGGACGUCUUAGCUUCAAUGGGGAGGUUGCAGCAACCUCGGUAGAGACUCACAAUGGCACCUCGCGCGUGGAUGCAGCGGUAUUACCUUCCAAUAACCCAUGUGAAGACGCCAUGGUCGGCGGCCAUGUUCCCUUCUCCCCAACACUCGGCUUCACCUUCGUCGGAAUCUACGACGGGCACAACGGACCAGACAUGGCGACAGGUCUCGAACAACACCUGUCAGACCUCGUUGUCACCAAGCUCGCCGACCUGUAUUCCCAGCAUGCGAAGCUACCCAGCAGCCAUGGUAGUCUCGCAGACCGAAAACCCGGCGAGCCGCCAGAUCCUGUUCCUCCUGGCGAGGAAAUCGACGAGGCUAUCAAGCAAGCAUUUUGCGAGUUCGAUGACCUCUGUGUGCACGGCACCGCGCAGGCUGUCCUUGGGUUGGAUACAGAAGGCUACCGAGCCCUGUCCGGUGGCAUUGCUGCCCCCAUGUUCGAUGGCAAAUUCAAAGAGCCAAUGACACGCUCGGAAGCCCUGAGCCUCCUACGGAACGCCUACUCGGGCUCAUGUGCAAUCAUGGGCCUCUACAACACAUCCGAUAGGUCUCUUCGUGUGGCCCUUACGGGUGACUCGCGAGCAGUUCUGGGACGACGAGUAGAAGCCACCAAGGGCGCAAAGCCCGUUUACGAAACACAUAUUCUGACAGCGGACCAGAACGCGUCGAAUCCAUCCGAAGCUGCCCGUCUGAGCGCUCUGCAUCCCGAUGAGCCUGAACUACUCAAGAACAAGCGUGUCCUAGGCUGGGGCCCAGCGCGUGCGUUUGGAAACGGGUCAAUGAAAUGGUCAAUAGAGAUCCAGCGCAUGAUCCACGAGAAGUUCCUGGGAGACCGACCUCGCGAGAGUGUAUGCAAAACCCCACCAUACUUCACCGCUGAGCCAGUCAUCACGACCUUCAAGGGUGUCCGCAAAGGCGACUUCGCGGUAUUCGCCUCCGACGGGCUGUGGGAUUGUCUCGGAAACGAGGAGGUAGUCGGUCUGAUAGGGGAGUGGCUGGAAAAAAAUGGCAUCAAGGAAAAGGUUGACGGCCACGAAGUCAUGUUGCCACCAAAACUUCCUCAAAGUAUGGAAGUCAGUCUUUCAGAUGGCGCAUUGCAGGCUUCGUUCUUCAGGAAUGGGAAAAAAUCCACUGUCGACACGUUUUUGCCAUCUGAGCUGCCAGUAACCUAUCCGAAGGACUAUAAAGACACCACAGCAAUGUAUCGGUAUUGGAGGACAGAGAAGAAAUUCAUCUGUGCUCCAGAAGACGGUGACAAUGUUGCCGUUCAUUUAGUGCGGAACGCUGUGGGUGGUGCCGAUCGUGAUCUCUCGGAAGCUCUACUCAAAAUCAAGGGCGCUAGAUCAAGGAGAUUCCGGGAUGAUAUCUCAAUUGCUAUUGUAUUUUUCGACUAG